AUGGAAGCCCGUUGCCAGUGCGGGUCCGUGUCCUUCACGACCCCCCUCCCGCAACCCCUCGCCCUCUACAUCUGCCACUGCUCCGAGUGUCGCCGCCAGACGAGCUCGGCGUUUGGCACCUCGGCCAUUUUCCCGAGCUUCAGUCUGCCCGAAUCGGAGCUGUUGAGCUGCUAUAGUCGACCCACGGCUUCAGGGCAUAAGUUGUAUUGCUACUUCUGCCGAAAUUGCGGAACCCGUCUCAUUCACACCACUCCGUCCCAGACCAAAAAUGUCGUCUCUGUAAAAGGAGGCUGCCUCGAGGGGCUCGAUUGGAAGCGCGCCAUCCACAUCUGGACCAAGACGGCCAUGGUGCCCAUCCCCGAGGGCUCCGAGACGCACUCGGAGGAGUCGGGUUACACCGACUACGGCCGCACCCAAGAGGAACUGGACCAACCCGGCGAGUUGCAAGGUAGUGGCGGCUGCCAUCAGGCACAAGCGACGAGUGCUUGUGAGCUGACUAAAUCAUAG